GAGGGAGAGAAAGGGAGAGACAUAGAGACAGAGAGAGAGCAGGAAGGAGGGAGGUGAGGGAUGGAGAGAGGGAAGGGGUGGAAGGAGAGGAAGUGAGGAAAGACAUCUGAAAAAAGGGGGUGGAGAAGGGUGAGAGACCAGAGAGAGACAGAGACUGAGAGGGCCAGAGAGAAUGAGAGAGACAAAGAGAGGGAAGGGAGAGAAGGGGAGGAUGAAAGACAGAAGGUAGAGGAAAAGAAGGAGAAAGGGGGAGAGAGGGAAGAAAACAGGAGCGGGGAGAGGAGAGAGGCAAUGGGGAGAGAGAGAGAAGCCAGCGCAGAGCCAGGGAGGGAUGUCCUGAUACAGGAGGAGGCUAGGAACCAGGGAAGGUGGAAAGAAAGAGGGAGAGAGAAAAAAGGCAGGGCCAGAGAGACCUGGACUGCGAGGAAGGAACGGGAAGGUGUGGCUGUAGCAGGGGCAGCUAGAACCGGACAGUCCAGGAGGACGGGACUGGGCACGGGAGAGACCCCAGCUGGAGGAGCUCUGAGCCCAGGGGUGGGGAGGGUGGGUGCUGGGUCCACCGCCCACCUCUCGCAGGCCGACUUUGGGAGCCUCUUCCCCUCUCAGAGGCUCAGCCCCCUCACCUGCCAAAUGGGGAUGCUGAGGGCACCUGGCUGUCUGGACUGGGAGGUGUCAGAGAGAGGACUGGUGCUCUGGGCCUGGUAUGGGGUCAGCGCUGGGAGAUUGUGGCUGUCAUUAUAAAUGACCCAAAGAAGAGAGGAGAGAGGAAAGAAAGUACCCAGGGAGGCUUUGACGGUUGGCUAGCCCCUGGCCUCCUGGCCCUGGGCACGGAGUCUCUGCAGACUGACAGGAGGGUGGGUAGGAAGCAGGUGUGCCCAAAGGGCCAAAUUCCAAGACAGAUGAGGUUCUCUCCCAGCCGGCACCCAGGAAGCCAGGUUUUCUAUCAGGCCAUGCCUUCCCCAGGAGGCCUGCGUGGCCCAAGGGAGGAGGGACUGGGGGCGGGGACUCCUGGAUCUCUGGGGAGAAGGGGGCUUUGGAUCUGGACUCAUGAGUCUGAGGGAGGAAGGGUUGAGUCCUUGGAUUCCAGAAACAUUUGGGGAGAAAAGGGCCAGGGGCCUGGAUUCCUGGAUCUCUGGUGAGGACUCUGGUCUCUGGUAAGGGCUUGGACUACUGGGUUCUUUAGGGAGGAGAGGGAUGAGGGCCUUGACUCCAGGGUCCCUGAUGAGGAAGGGGCUGAGGGCCUGGACUCCUGGGUUCCUUGGGGAGGAGGGGCCGGGGGCCCGGACUCCUGGGUCCUGGCACCCACCCGUAGAACCGACCUUGCGGGGCCUUCGCCGCACACAAGCUCGUGUCUGUGGGUCCGUGUCGGGGGCUCACCAUCGCGGCUGGGGCCUCCCCGGCCCUCCCCCCCACUCCCUGGUCCUCCUGGUCCCUGUCUGUCUGUCUGUCGGGUCUGUCCGCCUGCCGCGCCCCCCGGGCUGAGGUAGGAGGUUGUAUAGUUGAGGAGGACACCCAAGGAGAUCACUAUACGGCCUCCUAGCUUUCCCCAGGCUGCGCCCUGCACGGGACGGGGCCCGGCGGGGACCCCCAGCCCCACUCGGGGACCGUGAGCCCCACUGGGCUGCCCCAGGGACCCUGGGAGGAGGAGCCAGGCUCUUUUCUGUCCUUGUCGCUGCAUCCCCUCCUUCCCCUGAAAUCUGUUUUCCUUCCCUGUCUGUCUCUCCGUCUCCGCUGUGUCUCUGUGACUUCUGCGUCUCUUUCACAGUGGAUCCUCCGACUCCCUUUUAUUCUGGCUUUCUAGGUCUCUGCCCCUCCCGAUAUCUCUCCGUGUCUCUGUUUCUGUCUUUUUUGGUCUUUCUGUCUCUGGUUCUCGGAAUGUCUCUGUACCCAUCUCCAUCUCUGACCCCCACCCCAGGGCCUACCCGGGCCACCGCGUACCAUGUUGCCAGUCUCUGGGUCCCUGAGACCCUUUAACCUGUGAGGACAUCCAGGGUCACAGGUGAGGUUCUUGGGAGCCUGGCGUCUGGCCCAACCGCACACCUGGGGAAUUGCUGGCCUGACCUCUGACCCCUGACUUCUCAUACGCUUCCUCCAGAGCAUGACAUUUGACCCCCAACUGAAACCUGACCUCUGACCCUAGACCACUGGCCCUUCCCCCACCCUGGGGUGACUUCAUAAAGGUUACUAGCUUCUCCCCUGGCCUUGAGACCCACACGAUGGCCCUGCUGGCCCUGGCCAGUGCCGUCCUGUCUGCCCUGCUGGCCCUGGCUGUCUUCAGGGUGCCCGCCUGGGCCUGUCUCCUCUGCUUCACAACCUACUCUGAGCGCGUCCGCAUCUGUCAGAUGUUUGUCGGCAUGCGGGGCCCCAAGCUCGAGGAGUGUGAGGAGGCCUUCACGGCCGCCUUCCGGGGUCUCUCUGACACCGAAAUCAACUAUGACGAGAGAAGCCACCUGCAUGACGCCUUCACCCAGAUGACCCAUGCCCUGCAGGAGCUGGCUGCUGCCCAGGGAUCCUUUGAGGUUGCCUUCCCUGAUGCUGCAGAGAAAAUGAAGAAGGUCAUUACACAGCUAAAAGAAGCCCAGGCCUGCAUCCCUCCUUGCGGUCUCCAGGAGUUCGCCCGGCGUUUCCUCUGCAGCGGGUGCUACUCCAGGGUCUGCGACCUCCCGCUGGACUGCCCAGUUCAGGAUGUGACAGUGAUUCGGGGCGACCAGGCUAUGUUUUCUUGCAUCGUGAACUUCCAGCUGCCAAAGGAGGAGAUCACCUAUUCCUGGAAGUUCGCAGGAGGAGGUCUCCGGACUCAGGACUUGUCCUAUUUCCGAGAUAUGCCGCGGGCCGAAGGAUACCUGGCGCGGAUCCGUCCGGCGCAGCUUACGCACCGCGGCACGUUCUCCUGCGUGAUCAAGCAAGACCAGCGCCCCCUGGCCCGGCUCUACUUCUUUCUUAACGUGACGGGCCCGCCCCCGCGGGCGGAGACAGAGUUGCAGGCCUCGUUCCGGGAAGUGCUGAGCUGGGCGCCGCGGGACGCCGAGCUGAUCGAGCCCUGGAGGCCCAGCCUGGGCGAGCUGCUGGUCAGGCCCGAGGCUCUGACGCCCAGCAACCUGUUCCUGCUUGCAGCCCUCGGGGCCCUGGCAUCCGCGAGUGCGACCGUGUUGGCGUGGAUAUUCUUUCGAUGGUACUGCAGUGGCGACUAACAAAGGUAUCUCUUUCCUCCUUCCCUAUCCUAUUUCCAUUGUGAAAAUAAAGAAUAUAUUUCAACUCUG